AUGGCUAUGAAAAUAUUGCUGCGGUUGGAAAUUAGAAAAUUAUCUGGAGCUCAACAUUUUAGUACAAAGCCGAAACCGAAGUUCGGUUUGAUAUUCGACAUAGACGGUGUCAUAGUCCGUGGUAAAAGUGUGCUGCCACCAGUACCAGAGGCUUUCAAGCGCUUGAAAGAUAGCAAUGGAAAAUUCCGAAUCCCUACGAUAUUUGUAACAAACAGCGGGAACGCACUGCGGUCUGAAAAAGCUGCUGAUCUGUCGAAAUGGAUCGGCUACGAAAUAACCGAAGACCAAGUGGUGCUGGCUCACUCACCUCUUACUUUGUUCAAGCAGUUUCACGAUAAGCGAGUUCUCAUUUCCGGACAGGGUCCUAUAAAAGAAAUUGCCAAGGAGUUAGGAUUCCAUAAAACAGUUACGAUUGACGAGUUAGUUAAGAAUUUUCCGAGUUUAGAUUACGUUAAUAAGGACCGUAGAAAUCCUACAUGCGGGCCAGUAGAUCGUAACUUUAAGCCGAUCGAAGGAAUUGUUUUGCUGAGCGAGCCGACAACUUGGGAAACACCAUUGCAAUUGAUGGUUGAUCUAUUGAUGACUCAAGGAAUGCCCUCUGCACUGCCAUCGGUAGUUCCUCAUCCUCAUAUUCCCGUGCUCGCUUGCAAUAUGGACUUACUUUGGGUCUCAGAAGCUCCGAUUCCUCGUUAUGGACAUGGAGCUUUUUUGGUUUGUCUUGAGUCUUUGUAUAAAAAAGUUACUGGCAACGAUUUAAUUUACACUGCACUUAUUGGUAAACCUAGCGAAGUUACUUAUUAUCAUGCUAAUCAUAUGAUUAUGAAUCAUGCUAAGAAAAUUGGAAUCGAUCAUAAUAUUGACACUAUAUAUGCUGUUGGUGACAAUAUAAAUACUGACGUAUUUGGUGCUAAUUUGUAUGACAAAUACUUGGCAAGAUAUUCAAAAGGAAAAGCAACAAAGUCUCGUGGCCUAGAAUCGUUGCUCGGAACAAAUUUAGUGUCACCAAAUGUAAAAGCAUGCAUCAGUAUUCUAGUUGAGACUGGAGUCCAUAGAAGGGAUUCUGAAUUUAUCGCUGAGCAUUGUCCGCGGGACUUUUUGCCACUUGAGAGUGGACUAGCACGUCCAGCUUUCGUUGUCAAAGACGUCGGCGAGGCCAUUGAUCUCGUGUUGAAAGAAGAAAAAAUGGAUCAAGAUUAA